ACAUUCAAACAGCACCUUUUGGUCACCAUGCAAACAAAAUUGCUAUUCUCGAUAGGUAUAGUAUUCGGCUUGUCAACCCUCACAAACUCUAAAAAAGUUUGUGAGGCUGGAUGGGUUCCAUAUGGUGACUAUUGUUACUACUUUUCGAAGGCAAUAAGAACCUUUAAUGAUGCAGUUCCAAGUUGCUAUGGAGUUAGUGCAGUUCUAGUUGAACCAAAUACAAUUGCAGAGGAAAGAUGGAUGCUUCUUCAAAGUGUGGUUAGAGGCAUUAAAAACAUUUGGAUAGGCGUCACCGAUCUGCUGGAGAACCAUACUUUCGUUUAUAUUUCUAACGGAAACAAUGUUCAGGAAGCAUACAACAACUGGGAUAAAGGCCAGCCUGACCCGGGGAACACAGAACAUUGCGUUGCCCUCGCUGAUGAAUACAAAGGAUGGCAUGAUUAUUCUUGUGGACAGAAGUUUCAUUUUGUGUGCAAAAAACCAAAAAAUUAGUUGUAACCUUCUUUAUCAACAUCAACUACAUUAAAAUGCGAUGAAAGAAAAGAAAUAAAAUAAUCAAUCUUUA